GCACCCACGUGUGUUGGAGUUAUAUGCUCCCAGCCGGCAGAGGAGCUGGGGAGAGUGGCACCCAGCUGGUGGCCCAGGCAGCGAAGCGGCACCAUGGCCGGCAAGAAAGUGUGCAUUGUAGGCUCUGGUAACUGGGGCUCAGCCAUCGCCAAGAUUGUGGGUGGCAACGCAGCCCAGCUGGCACGCUUUGACCCACGGGUGACCAUGUGGGUGUUUGAGGAAGACGUCGGGGGCAGAAAGCUGACAGAGGUCAUCAACACACAGCAUGAGAAUGUCAAAUACCUGCCAGGGCACAAGUUGCCCCCCAAUGUGGUGGCUGUCCCAGAUGUGGUCCAGGCUGCAGUGGAUGCUGACAUCCUGAUCUUCGUGGUACCCCAUCAGUUCAUCGGCAAGAUCUGUGAUCAGCUCAAGGGCCACCUGAAGGCAGACACCAUUGGCAUAUCUCUUAUUAAGGGGGUAGACGAGGGCCCCAACGGGCUGAAGCUCAUCUCUGAAGUGAUUGGGGAGCGCCUUGGCAUCCCCAUGAGCGUGCUGAUGGGGGCCAACAUUGCCAGCGAGGUGGCUGAUGAGAAGUUCUGUGAGACAACCAUUGGCUGCAAGGACCUGGCCCAGGGACAGCUUCUGAAAGAGCUGAUGCAGACACCCAAUUUCCGCAUCACGGUGGUGCAAGAGGUGGACACAGUAGAGCUCUGUGGGGCCUUAAAGAAUAUAGUGGCCGUGGGGGCUGGCUUCUGUGAUGGGCUGGGCUUUGGCGACAACACCAAGGCGGCCGUGAUCCGACUGGGGCUCAUGGAGAUGAUCGCCUUCACCAAGCUCUUCUGCAGUGGCCCUGUGUCCCCUGCCACCUUCUUGGAGAGCUGCGGUGUUGCUGAUCUCAUCACUACCUGCUACGGAGGGCGGAACCGCAAGGUGGCCGAGGCCUUCGCCCGCACAGGAAAGUCCAUUGAGCAGCUGGAGAAAGAGAUGCUGAAUGGGCAGAAGCUGCAGGGGCCCCAGACAGCCCGGGAGCUACACGGCAUCCUCCAGCGCAAGGGCCUGCUGGACAAGUUCCCUCUGUUCAUGGCUGUGUACAAGGUAUGCUACGAGAACCAGCCAGUAGGUGAAUUCAUUCGCUGCCUGCAGAAUCAUCCAGAACAUCUGUGAGCAGGGCUGGGGCCCAGGCCAGGCAGCCUCUUUACCCCAGCGGAGACAGGCAGAAGCUUGGGGUGCCUGGCCACCACGAUCUCUGGGACUCCCCACACAGCAGCGUCUUCUCAGCUUUUCACUGGAGGACAGGUGCCUGUGGGCCCGGCCACCUGCCUGGAGAUCUUGAAGCACAAGCAGCCCGCAGCCUCCUGCCACCUCAUCGCACCAGAAGUGGAGUUGGCUAGUCCCUCUCCAUAUGUGGGGCUUUCUCCCUGUCCUCUGGGAGGGGUAGAAUCAGCCCCAGUGCUGCCUGCUUUGAGUAUGUGGGGGGAGGAGGGGAGGGGAGGGAGGCAAGGCAAAGAGGCCUCACACAGACCAGGACUGCUGUCCUCAAGCCCAGUUAAUGGCUAAAGAAGUACCUCAGCUGCAAGAGGGAUGAGGCGAGGGCUGCAGGGAGGGGUCUGGGCUUUUGGGCUGAUGUAGACCUCUGCCAGGCCCCACAUGGCAUCAAUGGAUCUCUGUUUGUUCGCAAAAUACAACCCCCUUCUAGCUUCUCCUAGAAACCUCAGCUUCUUCUGAGGUUUCCUCAGAAACCUCUGGUCAUCCCCUUCCCCCUCCCCCAGGCUGCCUGGCACCAGAGUUGCUGCCACGCUGGCAUCUCUGGCCAUGGGGCUUGUCAUUCUCUCUUGGGACUUCCCAGUUCCUAGUUCUUUGCCAGCUCCACCCCACCAUGUGUGACCUUUCCAAGGCUCUCUCACCCUCCCUGCCAGCACCCUCUCUGGGGAGCAGAACUUAAUCUGCUGACAGAGCUACACCUCUUCACAGCAGGCUCAGAUCACUCUACUCCCUGUGACCUUUGUAAUUGCCCUGCCUCCCUUCUCAGGAGCUCUAGUGGGGGGAGGUGUCAGCUGGGUCCCUCCUGCUGCUAUCUCCCCAGGACAUCUUGGAUCCACCCCUUACCUCCUAAACCCUGUCCCUAGUUCUCAGCUACCCCCAGAGCAGCCAGGGCAGCUAACCAGUUCCUGUAUCUGCAGGCCAGGGGGCCAGAGCGUGGGUAAGGGAGGAUGAGCAGGUCCCCAUCUCUGUGGUGUGAAUUCCAAGGCUGGCUCUCCUUUGUCACCUGAAGGCCUUCUCAUGAGGUAUUGACUACUUCAGCACCUCAGGAGCUGGGAAACUCGUGGAGGAGGAAAAAAAUUCAAGCCUCCGUACCAGCUGGGGUGAGGGAAGAACAGGAAGGGGAGGAGGGAGAGGAGUGUGCUUUGCAGUGGCCUUGCUCCAGGAUGGAAUGGCAGCCGGAGAAUGUCACCGGUCAGCAGCUUGGACCCCUGGCUAUAAAUAGAGGCCGAGGGCUCCUGUCACAUCCAGCAGAGGGUCUCAGCUUCCUGUGUGGCAGCAUCUGGCAUGCUGUGGCUCUGGCCAGCAUUAUGUUAACCCUCCCUUACUCCUGGACAAACCAGGGAGGCAGGCUCCUCUCAGCCCCUAGCCCCUGAGAAGUCAGUCUUACCAGUGAAGGGCGGAGCUGCCUGGAUCAGGCAGCGAGAGUGAGGGGCACAGUCACCCCAGAUCUGGCUGGGCUCAGGAGCUGCUUCCCCAGGAGGUCAAAGUCGGGGCAGAAAGACAGCUCCCUUCCCUAGGCUGCAGCUGCGACCCUCUUAGAUAGUCAAAAACCUUUGCCUACUUUUUUUUUUUUUUGCUGUACGCGGGCGUCUCACUGUUGUGGCCUCUCCCGUUGCGGAGCACAGGCUCCGGACGCGCAGGCUCAGCGGCCAUGGCUCACGGGCCCAGCCGCUCCGCGGCAUGUGGGAUCCUCCAGGACCGGGGCACGAACCCGUGUCCCCUGCAUCGGCAGGCGGACUCUCAACCACUGCGCCACCAGGGAAGCCCCCCUUUGCCUACUUUUGCUCACUCCACAAUUAACUGAAUCUGAGGCUUUCGAACCAG